AGCUUCUUUAUCUUGCGAUGAAUAUCUCAGGGACGCUAAACGUGUUCCGAUUGUUGAGAGAUCCGACUCUCUGUCUCCCGCAGCACACGGUGUCCACUUUCAACCACCUGCCAAUCCCGCUAUCAAAAGCGUUCAAGCGAGAUGGGAAAUAUGGAGAGAAAGAGGUGGACAUCCAGGCGGUAGUGCUGGACAAGGACAACUGUUUUGCUGUACCGCAUACGAACGAGGUACACAAAUCGCUCCAAGAUCACUUUCAGCGUCUCCGACAUGCAUAUCCCGGCAGUAAGCUACUCAUAGUGUCAAACACGGCGGGUACGGACUCGGACAAAAACCAGAAUGAGGCAGCUCUUCUUGAAGCCAACACUGGCAUCAAGGUAUUGCGUCACUCGACCAAAAAGCCCGGCUGCCAAGCCGAAGUCAUGGCUUACUUCAAGGCGCACCCCGAGUCCGGGGUAUCGAGGCCAGAUCAGAUCGCUGUCGUUGGCGAUAGACUGUCUACGGACAUCAUGAUGGCAAAUAUGAUGGGCAGUUAUGGAAUCUGGGUCAGAGAUGGGGUGAUUGGACGCGGAUUCUUUGCGAGAAUGGAGGAUCGGUUACAGGGUUUCCUUUUCAGAAGGGGAUAUAAUGCGCCUGACCCGACGAGCCAAAACCAGUUCGAGUAACUGGUGAAGUGUGUAACAGGAUCUUUUCCGACAUUUGAAUUCUUGGGGUCUAGGAUCUACGUGUAACACUAUUCAGUCGACAUGAAUUAUGCACAAGCAGCACAAUGAGAUGCUCAGCUUGCCAAGUCUACAGUGCACAGUGAGCGGGGCACAAUCUACACGACAUGAACAGACCAGGUAUUUUCUUUUCGUUUCUUCACCGAGUAGAAGGCCUGCUCGUACUCUACGAAUAUGGCACUCGGAUAUUCGGCGCCGCAGAUGGAGCGGAUGAAGCGGAUGGGCAACGUAGUUGGGUGGCACGUGGGUGGGUGGCUGAGCAAAUUCGUGGCUCUGCCCAUGGUGGCGUCAGCUAAUCGCGACUGCUGCCAUCCAUGUAUGAUAUUAAUGAGUACACAUAUACAAACUUCC